AUGUAUGGAGCUCAUCGGUUCGAAGAUGACCAUCCACAUCGGGAAAGGUUACUUCCACCGCCGGUACCAGCACCACCAGUCACAAUUGCAUCAACCAUCACAGCACCGUCAGCUAUCGAGCAACUCGAUCUACGGUUAAUACCGCCAAUAAGCGCUCCGUAUCCUGUUAUGAGUCCAUACAAUUUCCACUUUCCACCAAUAUUUCCGUACACUACAACCCUACAAUUUCUUACAUCUUAA